GAGCUGUUGAUAAUCAGUGAUCUGACUGUAAAUCUCUCUGUCUGUCUGUCUCUCUCUCUCUUUCUCUUUUGGUCUUUCUCUCUCAGCUCUUUUUCCUCCCAUAUGAAGCUCUGUUGAAGAUCAAUCUUUUAGGAUUAUAAAAAACUCUGCAUUUGUUGGUCCCAGUUUAGAAGUUCUGUGGAAGAUCCUGCUGUUUCUAGUGAAGUUCGGAACACUCAGACGUAUCCUGCAGAGAUGGAAGGACUGAAUGACUUUCAUGAUGAUGGCUCCUUCAUGUUCACAUCAGAGUCAGUGGGAGAGGGGCAUCCGGACAAGAUUUGUGACCAGAUAAGUGAUGCUGUUCUUGAUGCACAUUUGCGUCAGGACCCUGAUGCCAAGGUGGCCUGUGAGACUGUGUGUAAGACUGGUAUGGUGCUUCUGUGUGGUGAGAUCACAUCUCGGGCAAACGUGGACUACCAGAAAGUUGUUCGAGACACAAUCAAACAUAUUGGUUAUGAUAACUCUGAUAAAGGUUUUGACUAUAAGACCUGCAAUGUCUUGGUUGCUCUGGAGCAGCAGUCACCCGAUAUUGCACAGGGAGUCCACAUUGACAGGCACGAGGAGGACAUUGGAGCUGGAGACCAGGGUCUGAUGUUUGGUUACGCCACUGAUGAGACAGAGGAGUGUAUGCCUCUAACCAUUGUCCUUGCUCACAAACUUAAUUCCAAGAUGGCUGAACUCCGUCGUGAUGGCACCAUCCCAUGGCUUCGUCCAGACUCAAAAACACAGGUCACUGUACACUACAAGCAAGAGAAUGGUGCUGUGAUUCCACUGCGUGUGCAUACUGUGGUCAUCUCAGUCCAGCAUGAUGAUCUCAUCUCACUGGAGGAACAACAGAGGAUCCUGAAGGAGAAGGUCAUCAAGGCUGUGGUGCCAGCCAAGUAUCUUGAUGACAAGACCGUUUACCACUUGCAGCCUAGUGGUCGCUUUGUCAUCGGAGGACCUCAGGGAGAUGCUGGAGUAACUGGAAGGAAGAUUAUUGUGGAUACGUAUGGUGGAUGGGGUGCUCAUGGUGGAGGGGCAUUCUCUGGAAAGGACUACACUAAGGUGGAUCGCUCUGCAGCCUACGCUGCUCGCUGGGUUGCCAAGUCUUUGGUGAUGGCCAAGCUGUGCAAGAGAGUGCUGGUGCAGGUAUCUUAUGCUAUUGGAGUGGCCCACCCCCUGUCUAUUUCACUCUUCACGUACGGAUCUUCUGAGAAGACAGAAAAAGAACUACUUCAGAUCGUCAACAAGAACUUCGACCUCCGGCCUGGUGUCAUUGUUAGGGAUCUGAAGCUGAAGAGGCCGAUUUACCAGGACACAGCCUGCUACGGCCAUUUCGGUCGCUCUGAAUUUCCCUGGGAGGUGCCCAAGACCCUGAAGUUUUAAAGCUGUACAAGCCUGUAGAAAUACUUCCACGAGAAAACAUCAUCUCGCCUGCUUCUGUCCUGCUCUUCCUGUUUCUUCAUCUGCACAUUUGAACGCUAUUACAUUUGUCUGUAGUAAGGGUGAAACGCAUCACUCAUAAUUGAAGCUCGGUAUGUAGGAAUCUGUAUGUGAAUGUGUUAACACGCAUUACUAUCUAGUUUAGUGAACAGACCUUCAGCCUUUGGGCUUCUUCCUGAUGCAUCUCAAGAUACUGACACUGAGAAAAUUGGUCUUAAAGGGAACCCUGGCUGGUAUCACUUUGUAAGUAUGUAAGUAAGCAUUUUUUGUUUAUAUAUCACUUUUAGAGCAUCCCACAAAGUGCUUUACAGACAGAAUAAAAUUAAAUAAAAUAACCAUCAAGUUUUAGACAUGACUAAAAACAAAACUGAGACUGAGAGUCUGAUGUCAGUAGGUAGGGAGAUCAUUCCACAGUUUGGGUCGUAAGCUGCAAAAGCUUUAGUCACCCUCUUACUUUAGUUUAGUUUGUGGAACAAUCAGUAAUCAUUGGUUGAAGGACCAUAGAGAUCUAAGCGGGCGUACAUUCAUCAUCAGGUUGACUCGUCUGUUCUGUGUUGUCUGUGAUUUUAGAAAUGUACAUUUAUGACAUUUGACUUACAAGAUUACUUCUGUUACAGAGGUGGGUUACAGGUGGGUCAAAUCAUCAAGUAUUAGACGUGACUAAAAUCAGGAGACUAAAAAUUUCUAAUGCAACCAUUUGAUGUUACAACCCAGUGCACACUUUAACAGCAACAGCAACUGCAACCUAUGCCUAACAGAUUUUAUAUUAAAAAAAAAACUCAAGUCUUAAAAAUAAACUAAAACAACUUUAUACAGAUUCAACAUUAUUUCAUCUGUGAAGUGAUAGCAGCCGGGGUUCCCAUUAAGCAUUCUUUGACAUUUUUUCACACAGAGCUUAUCAUGAGAUGAUUUCUGCUAUAAACAGAUAACUCUAAUUCAGAGUCUGAUCAACAAUUACCACUAAGUCAUACCAAUUGUCAUAAUGAGACAAAUUCCAACAAAUAACCAUGUAUCAAACAUUUUUCUCUUUUGGUUAUUUUCUUUACUUCUUUUAAGUUAUUUUAUUGUAAGUGCCUUUAUGAAUAAAGACAUUUACAUCUAAAUAAAGCAUAUUUAAGGUUUUUUAUGUAAAAAAGUUAUUUACAUGGCAUAUUUUACUAAAAAGGGAGAAAUGUUUGAUUAAUGGUUUUGUAUUGGAAGGGAAUAUCCUUGGUCUUAACACUUUUUUAACUCUCGGUGGUGCAGCUAGUUCCCGCGUAUGUAUUUAUGCUGUACCUCACUUUUUUAAUUGCUGAAAUUUCAGAGAUGUUACAUAUUAGACAAAUCACAAAAUUGGUGUUUAACCUUCCAGCCAAAGUUUAACACAGUAUUUAACACUGUGACAGAAUUACUUUAUUUAUCAGCAGCACCCAAAAGAACAGCUUUUCCUGGACUUGAUAACGUUUGGUUUUGUGCUUGUUUAAUAGUCUGACUUUUCUUUUAAUUAUUUUUCUCUCUUUUUUUGUAAAUUAAGUUUGUAAUAUAUGGAUCUAUGGAUUAUGAAAUACAAUGCUGUGAAGAGUGAGUGUGGAUUGGUGGACCACUGUAAGCUUUGCAUUCGAGAAGCUAUUUUUGAUGCUAAAACUUUGCAGGAGGCAAACACCAUAAGAAACUAAAUGUGUGCCUUAUUUCUUAAAACGUUACAACGCUUUUUAUACCCUCUGUAUGACAUAAAUGUUAUGAUGGAAAUGGUGUAAAGGAAAUAGCGCUACACUGAUUGCAUGAGUGAAUGAUGCCUUCCUGUUUACAUGUAUAGAUCCACUGUGGUGUUUUCACCAGAGGCCAGUGUGUGUAUGUGUGUGUGUGUAUUAUCAACUAAACCCCAGAACCAUGCUGUAAGACUGAGGGGUGUUUCAGCCACAGUAGGAUUGUUCUUGUUGUCUCCUUUCUGUAUGUCUAUGCAUUCUCUAAAAGGUGCUACUUUAGCAAAAACUGUAGUCAUCAUUGUUCUCGUCACACAAUAAUUAGUGUCUUAAAAAUUGUGAUGUGAUCAUGUAAAUAAUUGUGAAUAAUUAAACUAUUGAACAAUU